AUUCUGCAUGCUUGAUGGAUAAGCUUGAUAUAUUAAUUUCAUGUAAACAUGUUAUUUUUGUUACGCUGUGUUAUCGGGUGCUAAGCGUAUAUUUCUAUCGUUAAAUUUCAAAUGGCCCUAAGUCAUGCAACAAAGUUUCUCAUUUGAAAUAAAACAACGCUGAAAUAUUGUGGAGCGCUCUACAUUGUUCAGCUAGGUUCAACAUGAAUUACAUAUUUGUUUGGAUAUUAGUGCUUUUGCUGAAUACUUUGGACCAUGGCAUCGAGGCAAAGUACAUUGUAGACGUUUCGCCAAUCAUAGAAUGUGACAACGGAGCACCGUUCAUCAGCGUUGAUUUGGACAAUUUCAAUGCAAUAAAUCAAGAAGACGAUGGCGACUUGUUUUACAAUGGAAGUAUCACCUUUCUGAAAGUUUUUCGCUCGCCAUGGAAGUUCAGGCUUACGUCGAAACGCCUGGAGCGUGGAACUUGGCAACCGGGAAUGGUCAGCAAAGAGUAUCCCGAUUUGUGUACUGCUAUGAAGAAUCCGUUUGAAACUGGGCUGUACAAAGUCACACAAAAGAUAACGAAGAACUGUCCGUUUGAAGCAGGGUAUGUACAAAUAUUUGAUAUGGUGGAUAUUGGAACUUUUGGUAUGGACAUUCCGCCUUCGUUCGCCGGGGAGUGGAAAUUCUACGUGGAUAUGUGGAUUCCUCGAGGUUUCCGAGUGGAUCAUGAGUGUUACGCAUUCCCAGCUACAAUAUUAGAGGCCUGAUCCUAGCAGAAGAAAUGCCAACAACUAUCUUGUCAUAGAGAAAACAUAGGUAAAUGAAAUCUUCAUGAACACCCAUUGUCACGUUUGACAAGAUUCAAGAUAAUGAUUUUAGAGUUAUGAUCAUUGUAUUACAUCCACCUGGGAACACGGAUAUUUUAUCGAAUGGUGUUAGGACAGGGUGGGAGGUUAAGCAGAACUGGAAGCGACUAAAUGUCUUGAAAAUAUACUAAUAUUUAGAUAAAUACCUUAAAGAAUUCAACCUGAAA